AUGAAAGAGGAAGAGGAAGAUCCACACAGGAAAGAGGAAGAGGAGGGAGAGUGUGUUGUAGGGCAGGAGGAGGAUGAUGUCAGCAAGUUUCCACUGACUGUUGUCUCUGUGAAGACUGAAGAGCAUGAAGACAAAGCACCUGAGUCCUCACAGCUUCAUGACAGUCCAAACGUCCAGCGGGUGUCAGCGGGGAGUCAUGAAGAGGAGUGGCACACCAGUGUGGGACAGAAGGAGCUACAGGCCCCCUCCCACAUUAAAGAGGAGCAGCUUCAUGAUGAAGAUGAAGCUCAGUCCUUACAGCUUCAUCACAGUCAAAGUGAGGAGAACAGAGGGGCGGAGCUUGUAAGUCAACACAUCACAGAAGCUGAUGGAGAGCAUUGUGAAGAUAUCAAGUCAGAACCAGACAGCAUCUUUGCUCCACUGUCAGACAUGGACCACAUGAUGUCACACUCUUCUGAUCACAGUGACCACAUCCAAAAACCUUUGGAGAGUAAAAAUGACUCUAAAGGUGAUACGAGACAUCACACUAACAACAAACACUUUGACUGCUCUGAAUGUGGGAAAUCAUUUCGACACAAGGGUCAUUUUACAGAACACAUGAGAAUACAUACUGGAGAGAAACCUUUUACUUGCUCUGUUUGUAAGAAGAGUUACUCCAGAAAGCAAAGCAUGACCACACACAUGAGAACACACACUGGAGAGAAACCUUUUGCUUGCUCAGCUUGUGCUAAAAGAUUCAACACUAAGAAUGCAAUUAUAUUACACAUGAGAACACACACAGGUGAGAAACGUUUUACUUGCUCUGUUUGUAAGAAGAGUUUCUCCAGAAAGGAACACAUGACCACACACAUGAGAACACACACUUGAGAGAAACCUUUUGCUUGCUCAGCUUGUGCUAAAAGAUUCAACACUAAGAAUGCAAUUAUAUUACACAUGAGAACACACACAGGUGAGAAACCUUUUGCUUGUUCAGCUUUUGUUAAAAGAUUCAACACUAAGAAGGAAAUUAUAUUGCACAUGAGAACACACACGGGGCAGCACGGUGCCAGAGGGGUUAGUGCGUCGGCCUCACAAAACGAAGGUCCUGAGUAGUCGUGAGUUCAAUCCCGGGCUCGGGAUCUUUCUGUGUGGAGUUUGCAUGUUCUCUCCGUGACUGCGUGGGUUCCCUCCGGGUACUCCGGCUUCCUCCCACCUCCAAAGACAUGCACCUGGGGAUAGGUUGAUUGGCAACACUAAACUGGCCCUAGUGUGUGAAUGUGAGUGUGAAUGUUGUCUGUCUAUCUGUGUUGGCCCUGCGAUGAGGUGGCGACUUGUCCAGGGUGUACCCCGCCUUCCGCCGGAUUGUAGCUGAGAUAGGCUCCAGCGCCCCCCGCCACCCCGAAGGGAAUAAGCGGUAGAAAAUGGAUGGAUGGAUGGAUGUUUGUAA